GCAGACCGUUCCUGAAGAGCGGAAGACUUCAUCCGCUGCUGCGGACCUGGACUCAAAUGACGGGAGUUCAUCUCGACCCCAACCGGGCUCCGGUGGCCUUCGGGCGGCUGGCCAUACCGGAGCUCUUCGCCCAGCUGGAGGAGGCCGACACCGGCAAGAAGCUCCGGGCUCUGGCGUCCCUGUGCGACCUGACCCACGACCCGGAACGCCUGUACCAAGUCGUCAGUGAAGGCUUUCUGGGACAUCUGGAGGCUUUGUUGAAGGACGAAGACCCAGCAGUCCGAACCAGAACCUGCGAGCUGCUCCACCUGCUGACCAGCCACAACAUCGGCAGACACGCCCUCCUGUCCUCGCCCCUCCUCCCUCGCCUGUCACUGCUGCUGGACGACCAGUCGGCGCCCUGCAGGACGCGCGCCCACCGCGUGAUGAACAGCCUGGCGGUGCUGCCCGCAGGCGCCGACGCCCUGCAGUCGCUGCUGGCCAAGCUGAUGGCGAAGGUGGAGGAGGCGGAGGCGGAGGAGGAGGUGCAGGCGCUGCUGCUGUCCACGCUGAGCUGCGUCACCCGCCAGGACGCCCUCGCCGCGCUGGCCUGCCGCGGCGUGGCGCUGGUGGCCUGCAAGCUCUCCCACGCCUGCUCCGACAUCCGGCGGGAGGCGGCGGGGGCCAUGAUGGCGCUCAGCGUUCCCGUGGAGGGGAAGCGUCAGGUGUGCGAGGCGGCCGUCCUGCCCGUCCUGGCGGGGCUCCUGCGGGACCCGGACGUGGACGUGCAGGCCAACGCGGCGGGCGCCAUCAUGAAUGCGGUGGUCAUCACCACAGGUAAGCGCCAGUGCCUGGACCUGGACGUGCUGCCCGUCCUGCUGGACCUGGUGUGGGAGCGCAGGAAGGACGAGGACGAGGAGAGGAAGAGGAAGGCCCUGGUCCUCUACUCGCUCAGAGCUCUCACCUCAUUGGCCGAGGCUCCUGAGGGCCGGCGCCGCCUGCUGGAGCAGCUCCCCCUGCUGGUGGGGAGGACCACACCCGAGGACGACCCCGACGUCUGCAGAGCCGCAAAGACCGCCGUCAGCGUGGUCACAUGGUUGCCCUGAGAGCUCGUGACCAAUAAAAAG